UCGCUGUGUCGUAGUGGCCGCACCUUUUUAUGUGCUCCGCUGAAAACAAGCUUGGAGUCGCCCGCGUAAGCCUUCCCCCUGACUAGCAUAUACGCCACUCCAGCCCCCUUCGCGUACAGGUGUAUCUGCGUAUAGCCUUAGCAUAUACUCCGCUGGGUUUAGUUAUACGCAUCCUCGUCCUCGUCCUCGUCUCCCUAUUCAUCAGGUGUCUUGCGUAAGGACCCUGACGCUGGCGGGGACGGCCUGGUGGAGGCUGACGCGCCGCGGCCACACCUUCCAGAUCUGGUGACGCAUCGCUCGCCGCCCACACAGCUGACGGUGGAGAACGUGCGUCACCAUGACCAGUUGAUGCAGGGCAGGGAGCAGGACCCCUCAGACCCCAAGGUGGCCAAGACGGGCAUCCUGAAGGGCGGGAAACUGUGGAAGAACGGUGACGGGAGGAAGACCAAACUGAGGGUGGAGGAGGAGGAGGCGGAGGAGCCGCGCCGCUCAGUGAGGUUCUCCGGGCGUGACGAGUACAGCCUGCUGGAGAGUCUGCCGCUGGACAAGAUCCCACUGGACGCAGCCAAUUCGGCGGCGUUGGCCAGGUUCAUGCCCAAGCUGCGGGAGCUGGGCGUGCUGUUGGGCGAGUCGCGCCACGACUGGCACCUCGAGCUGAGCCCGAUUAAAUCCGAGGCUGAGGGGGCAGCCGGAGCGGCCGACCAGGAGUCUCUGUCGGACGAGAAAGAAAAGCCGCCGUCGCCACAGAUGGACGACGAGCAGAUCAAGGAGUCGAUGCAGCGUUACGACGAGAUGCGGCGCCGCAUCGCCGCCGCUGAGGGACGCGACAACACCAGCGUGUGCAGCGACGAGUCAAAGAGUUCAUCUGACUCACAGUCCUCAGACUCCACUAUGACAGAGACGAGGAUCAGGCGGCUAGAAAACACUGACGUGGCCCACGUGGCCGGCGGGGUCAUGAGGAGCAACAGUGAGGUGCGUCGCGCGAUCGAACGCAAUGCUCUGCGGCGAUCCCUCAUCCGCGUCUCUGAGGCUCGCAAGAAAGACACCAACAAGAACGAUAAGAGUGAUAAGGGAGAGACUUCCCUCUUGGAGAAGCUCCGGUGGCUCACUGCCUCAGAAGAUGCUACUAACGGCAACUCUGAGCAAAAAGAUGAUGGCACGGAGGAGCAGAACGACGAAGAUGAUGAUGGGACUCAGGACCCGUCGAGAUCUAUUGACCCCAAAGUACAAGAGACAAUAGCACAAUAUCGCAAACUUGCAGAGAUGUUCAACAAGACCACGUCGCUUCGAGCCACGGAUAUCCUGGUGCCGGGCGACGUGCGGGAGUGGAAACUCAAGGCUGACCUCUUUCCCAGCCAAGCGGGCACGUCACUAGAGAUAGAGGAGGAGGAGGUGCCAGAGCCUCACUCGGGAUCGACAACGCCCACCGUGUACCAAGGCAUCAUCCCAGCCGUGUCCCUCGCUGACAUUUUGACGGACGAGGAGAACGACAAGCUGAUCUACAGCGGUGGCGUCAGGUACACCCGGGAAGGAACACUGCCAGUCAAGGACGAGGAAGAUGAGGAGGGCGAGCAGCAGGGUCCAUCGCCGGCAACGUCCACCGCAGAGGCCAGGAAGCAGUUCCUAUCACAGAUGGCAGGCCAGGCGGGGGCACCGCACGUCAGCGUCAACGGCAUAUCGGCAAUUCCCGGUGAACGAUCUUCACUCGCCUCUAAUUCUGACUCCUAUACUUUUGACGACAUCGAUGAGGCUCUUCACGACGACCGGUCUUCUUCUGUUCCCUCAUCUUCUCAGUCUUCGCCGCGACUGUCAGGCAAGAGCGAUGUGGACGGAGCGAGCACCACAGAGAGCGGCUACAGCAGCAAUGAAACCAACGGAGAGCUACAGGUACCCCUCAACGGGCUGCCCCUCAGCGUGGCGCAGCUUCAGGCACUUCCUGUCGGUGGCGUCGAUAUAGAUGAGUUAGCAGAGUUUGUGCGCCAAGAUGCAGGCCGCAUGGAACGUCUCCGCCGACGCUACGACGCAGGCGAGCUGGAGGACCACGGGUUCAGCCGCCGGCCAUCCGUAAGGGGCAUAAAACCUCGGUUUGGGUCCACCACAGACUUGCUGAAGCAGAUGGCAACGCAGCUGGCACCACCGACCAUGGCCCAGCCCGGGAUGUCUGGCUCCCACAUGACCUGGCCUUACCGGGACGUCGGGGACGAGGACGCCCAGCCCGCCCAGCGGCGGCGAGCGUCCCAGAACAGGGCGGUGCUCCCCGCCCUACAGGAGGACAUGCUUUACACCCCCACUUCAGACUUGUCUCCUCAGGGUGCGCUGCCCCCUCCUUCCUCAUCAGCCGCAGCCCCGGUCAUCACCCUCACGCACUCCAAGGCGCCGCGGGUGGUGCACGUGUACGCCAGCACGGGGGACCUCAGGGCCCCACCUCCUCCCCGGUUGUCUGGCCCACGAGAGUCUCCUCCGCCAGACUUGAUUCGUCCCGGUGGAGGUCCCAUGCCGAUGAGGGCGCUCACGCACUCCCUCUCCCAGCCGCUGCCUGAUACCUCGGGGCACGGUCUCAUGAUGGUGCCCCAGAUGCCUACCCCGGGGCUCACUGACCCCCACUACCCCUCGUGCAGGCGCCCUGCGUCCGUGCACGGCCACUUUCCCCCUGACGCCAUCGUGAUGCGAGGCGUGCCCCCUCCUCCUUCCGCUCGCCCUCACUCCUCGCUCUCACACUACCCGAACCCGAACCCGCGAGUUCCUGUCCACUACCACCCCUACGAGGACCCGCCGCCAACAAGGGCCCCUUACGAGAGCUCCCACCCUCCCCUGUCCCAGCGAGGCUCCUACCCGGGCACCAUUCCCGCGCCCCUCGGCGUUCAUUACCAGCCGCAGCUCGUCCCGCCGGACGCCAUCGGGUUUCCGCAGCCACCGCCCUACGGGUCUCAGCACCAGCACCCGCGGCCACCGACAGUCUCACCACGGGAGGGCGCCCCCUACACACGCACACAUCACUCCCAGGUGCAUCCGGGGCCUCAGACGUCCUCAAUGGUGGCCAACCCCGGCCAGCCGCACCAGUGUGGCCCUAGACAGGUGCGGGUGACAGGCGGGACGGCUGACCAGGCGUGCUCUCCCGCGUGGUCUCACCAGCAGCCUCACCCUCACAUCGCGCCGCCCUACGCCGUCUCUAGUCACCUCAGUUACACGACGCCCAUCGUGCCCGAGACCGUCAUGACCUCUCGCCCCUCGGGACCACCAGUUGGGGCUCCCUACAGACCUCCGAUCGGGCCUCCGAUUGGUCCUCCGAUCGGGCCACCGAUCAUGAAUGGCGGCGUGAGCAAACUAGAGGGUCUUCGGGACGAGCGAGGAGUGCCCGAGGGGGCUUCUUCCUCCCCGAGGGGACCUUUGGACCCUCAGUAUCCCCAGCACAGCUCCCCGACCAGGGACACCGGCCUCAUGCACCGCCAUCCGCCGCCCCUCAACAUGACCUGAGUGUUCUCCUUCUCAGCGGCGCCAGGUGUGACGCGACGCAAAGCUAAACACACCUGGCCGGGAGCUUUGGAUGUGCCCUACGACCCAGCGGAUGGCGGAUGGUGCGACCUGUCCAGCCCGGCACCGCGCCCCGCCAGCAGCGUCUCGCAGGGCACCGCCGCGGCUGCAGAAGGAAGUGUUUAUCCACGCGUUAACGGUGACGAGGAGGGACUUGUGGUGCCGGUGACGCCGUCGCCCUGUCUUCCGGGCCCCCGCGACAACACGCGUGUCGCCUCACUGCUCACCACCAGAUGUUGCCAAAACUUGCCGCGCCACGCAGCCAGCACACUCUUCCUCGCGCUGAGGGUCGAGACAAUCUACAAUGAUUUUCCUUAUUAUAGUUCAAGUAAUAAUCUAAUUAAUGUACCUAACAUGGUUUUACUGGUGUGUCUGUGACAAUACGUAGGUGUAUUUUACAGUUGAUGUGAGUGAAGAGUUUUUAUAGAAAACUGUAAAGUGCUCCCCAGACCCUGCCAGGGUAAGGGAAUAUUUUUAUCGUAGUUCUCGUGACUUGAACGUUCUCGCGGGAUGGUUCAGGUGCGGCGCGGCGGCUCAGCCCUCCCGCCGCUCGUAAGAUGGACCAAGUUUUCGUGAGCGAGUGUGUGUGUGUGUGUGUGUGUGUGUGUGGAAUAGUUAGAAGAUACGAUAAAAGACAAAACACUUGGGUUUUAAGGCGCCUCUCGAAUUCACUCUUCGCAGUCUUUGAGUUCGAUUUUGAGUCUUAAUUCCGAGAGUUGAAAAGGAAAGGAAUACUCGGCGUUUGAACGGAAGGGUUGAGCGUUUAAAGAAUACAUAUAUAUACUAAAAAGUUUCAUAAGCAUUAAAUAAAAAUAUAUAUAUAUAUGAAUAUAUACAUAGAUAUAAAUAUGUUUCGCUGGUGCAAUUAUCCGGCAUCUUUUCGCAGCAGAAUAUGUCGUGAUAAUUUUAGUUUGCGUCGUUCGUCACUUGUUUCGUUCCUUUAGGGUUUGCUGAGCAGUGUGCAAAGUGUCUUCCAGGCUUGAAGUGGCUCAGUGUGUAAGGAAGAGUCGGAGGAGAGGCGUGUGUCGGUAGAGGAUGAGGAAGGGCGAGGAGCAGGAGUGGAAGGCGGAAGAAGGGACAGAAUGCGGAAGAGAGGAAAUCGAGUUAAAAAAUAGAGAACGAAGGAUAAAUGGAGAAAGAUAUAUGAGGAAAAGAGGAGAGGGAGAGAGGCGAGAGGGAUUGUAAUGAAGAGAGAGGGGGAGAGAGAGAGAGAGAGAGAGAGAGAGAGAGAGAGAGAGAGAGAGAGAGAGAGAGAGAGAGAGAGAGAGAGAGAGAGAAAAUAAGGAAGUGGAGAAAGGAGACAGCAUGGAGUAAAUAUAUAUAGCUGUGAUAAUGAUGAGGAGUUAUUUUCUGCCUCCCUCUUUCCCCUUCCCCACCUCGUGAAUCACCGCUGACCCUCCCUCGAUCCCUUCCGACAUUCCUUCAUUCCCAGUCGACACUUACGCUCAGACCUGUUACCCUCCCUCACCUUCCUGGGCGACACUUCCUUCCUCACCUGAUAUCUUUUCUCAUUAGGUUUUCUCCCUUACCUGGCGUCUCCCCGACAUUUCAUUCCUUUCCCCUCCCUCCCCUUCCCUCCAUCCCUCGUUCAUCCUCCCUCCCAGGCUCUCCUCCACCCCUGGUCGCUGUCAAUCUACCUUGAGAUGUCACCGUAUUUUCCGCAUCGAGAAAAUAGAGUUGAAUCGUCUCAAGCGACGCUGGGCGAGGGGACAGAUGAAGAAAGUUUUAUUCUUUGUAUGACUAAUCUGUUGAACCCUCAGGGACGCUUCCAGAAACUUUUAUAUGAAAAUGUAAAAGAUAAAAGUUAUGCUGUUCCCAAUUUCAAAAUAUUUAUACGAAACAUUUAAGUAAGAGAUCCGAUUCUGUAUUCGUAAGAGAAUACACAAAACAUUAACGUUAAAAUUGGUUCUUGUGCAGCCACGCUGCUUAAUUACGAAAGAGGUUACACUUUGCGGAUGUUUAGUGGUUAGCAUGAUUGUGAGACGAUUGUCGCCGAGGCUGUGGCGGCUCCCUGGCCAGCCGGCGGGAGCCCUCACGUAGGGGGCGACGGGGGGACGUGUCCGUUGAGUGUGUCGUGUUCAGUGUGGUGGUGACAGUCCGCAGUAUUAACUAGAUGUACACUGAUUGACCUUUAGCUGGGGGGCGCUGCAGUGCCUCCCAAAGCAAGGCGGAGGGACCUCUGGGGGCCCGCGCCCCCAUGUGGCCACGCCGCGCCGUGCAACAGUGAGGAGCGAUGGCAUCUUUUUUUUUUUUUUCUUCUCGUUUUAUUCUGAAAAUUCCGUACACUCCUGACUGAUGUAAACACCGCGGCAGUGUGUGGCCGCCCCGGCCAGUGCUCGUCCUCGCCAGGCUGCUCUGCUGUCGCGGCCGCCGAGCCUCGUGCACCAGCAGCCGCGCGUCGCCGUGCCGGACGCGCACAACUUGCCUCAUUCCAACUUCGCAGCUUCUCAGAUGCUGAGCGAAUUUUCGUAUUUUUGGAUACAUAAUCAAAAAGUUACCAAAGACUAGGUUUAGGCUUCAUGCUGCUCGGAGAUGCUUGUGCGCAGGCGUGCCGCUGACACGGGCAGCGCCGGGCACCCCAGGCGCGUGUGCUGCACCCCCUCCCCACCCACCCGCUGUACACUCGGUCAGGCUUCGCAGUAGGGCACAGUCCGCACAACUUAGUUUUUACGCUCAUUUAAGCUCUCAGAUCCUUUACAUCUAUCGAUUUUUCUCCUGCUUACGUCACUGCCGCUUCCGUGCUGCUAAGGCCGCCAGUGUCCCACCGUGCCCGCCGCGGCGGAAGGCUGGCCGGGCCGCGGGCACCGGGCAGCGGCGCGUGGCGAGGUGCAGGUGGCCACGGAAGGACGUGCCAGGGUGAUGUCACAAUCAACUCGCUGCUGCUCAUAGAGUUCAUUUGUUUAAUUUUCAAUAUGUACUCGACAUUUAAAGCUUUGACUACAUGCACUGUACUCGACAUUUAAUUAAGGCUUUGACUACAUGCAAAAGGUAAGCAUAUUAACCCACAUUGAUAGACUACACAGCAUGUUUUGCCUCGUCCGGUAUUUUUAAUUUUCUCAGUUGUCAUGAGGUCUGGUUCCCGAGCACGCAGGACCUUUGUAUUAGAACAGUUCACGUGAGCUCUUCCAGGCUAGCACACCUUGUUUAUUUUUAAGGCACUAGGAAAGGUGCUAUAAUGUCUAACCAAUCAAAUGGACUGGUACUGGCAGGCCCUGGCCGUGGGCACGGGGCGGGUCGAGGCACUGGCCGGCGGAAUCCACCACCAGCGCCGCGCUGCUGUGUCGGCACACCCACUGAUGAGCCGCAGUAGUGACACUGGGGUAUUGUUUUGUUUCGAGUUUGGCGACAGUGAAUUGAUCCCAGACCAAGCUCAUAUUAUUGCUGUAAUCAAAAUAUUCAUAUUUAAAAGAUAAACUAAACCAUCUAGCAGCGGUUCGUUCCACUGUGUGGCCUUGACGCUGCCGGCGGCCCCGCGGCCCCCAGCGGCAGCAGCAGCAGUAGAGGGCGCCGCCGCGCGGAGGCCAGCAGGGCACCGCGCCGGCGGCCCCCGGCGGAGUAGCCUGACCAUCACGUUGCCAUAUAUUGUUAUAAAGCAUGAUUUUUAUUAGUUUAAACAAUAUGUUGUUAUAAUAUAAAAUGUUCUAUAUUUCGUGAGAAAAAGUACCGCGAAUGUUGCUAAAUGACGAGUGCUUGAGUGUGGCGGCUGGCGGGAGGCCGCUCCCCCAGCGCGGGUCAUGGCGAAGUCAUGCCAAAGAUGUAUUAUAGAUAGAGAUUAUAUACACUACAAUAAGACAUUUUAGCCUCCAUGGACGCUUUCUGUAACAUGUUAUCCUUACUUUACACCUCGGCGGCGGCGGCCCCCCGGCGGGGCGGCAGGACUUCCGCCUGGCGCCCCGCCGCCGUUGCCGCCGCCGCCGCCCUCCUCUCAGUAGACUAGGGACCGUCUUCGUCGAAGCCUCAUGUUACUGCGGACACAUGACGACAUAUUUUUCUUAGACCACAUUCCUUUACCUCGUGUCCAGCAGCCGAGGCAGUCGGUGGUGGCCGCUCGCUGUCUGAAUCCAGGGGGGGCGCCGCCCCUCUCUCCUUGUUCCGUUGUUACGCUCUGUCUGUUGACCAAUUCUGUCAUGGAAUGUACACAAGUUGUAAAUAUAUAAUGUAAUUUUGUUGUAAGUAGAAAGUAACACAUUUUUAUCAUGUGUUGUACAAAUGUACAAUCUUUCAAUUAAAAUAAAACCUUCUGCCAAGACUAUA